AUGACUUUGUCUCCGGAUGCCAACGCCAACUCUCCGAAAGACGAUGAGAAGGACACUUGGGACACCGCACUUGAAAAAGGAGGAUGCGUUGAAGAGCAUCUAAGACUUAAUGAUUGUUAUUGGGAUAAGCAUGAUUGGAGAAAAUGCUCAAAAGAAAUGGAAGAGUUUAGAAAAUGUUGGGAGAGCAAGCACGAGCCAUUGACAAGUUGCCCUAUCAAUAUGAAACCGGAAAAAAACAAGUAA